UACACGAAAUAAAAUAAAAAGAUUGUUUUUGUGCAAAAAAAAAAAACGCAUAGAUUAAACUUGCUUUUUCGAACGCCGCGUUGUUUUAACGGUUUCCUCUACUUGAAGCACUAAGUGCAAAUAUGAAUUUUUCCGCAAAUUUUCCGCGCAAAUGAUGGGAUGUGGUUCAUCAAUGGAUAAUAAUAACGUAAUCGAAGAGCCCAUACAAAGCCUGGACCGUUGGCAGCGUGACGAUAUGGAUCCUGCAGAGAUAAUUGAAGAAUUCGUACAUUUGGAUGAACGUAUCAGCAAACUGGAAGCCACCUGUCCUGGGCCACGUAUGGCCACUGCCGAGGCAUGGGUUGAACAUUUGCAAUCGCAACGCGAUACACUGCUCGGUGUUGACAGUUUAGAUUUAGCCUUGAAUACACAAAAUAAUGAGGAACAACUACAACAACAACAACAACAACAACAACAACAACCAUCAUCAACACAACCCCAUCAAUACUCACAACAACAAAGCCGGAGUAAUUUGUUAACUUCGAAUGAGAUCGAUGCAGCAACACCACCACCCAUACAUCACCCACCCCUGCAACCGUUGAGUGUUAAUGCAGCCAUAACAACAACAUCGAAGAUAAACAACAGAAACACAAUGCAAUUGAAUGGCGGCGGUGCGAUACCACGAGGAAAUGGCGCCACUACAAAUAGCGUAGGCGGCGCAGCACGACACGCUAAUAACAGCAUAGUGGCGAACACACCAACCCAGGAUUUGGCUAAGCUUGCCGCACACUUGGGUAUUGUUAGUGAUGUAAAUAAGGCUUCCACUCAUGAGGACUUUUUUGCCAACCUCAGCGAAUCAGCGCUUUAUCUAACAUCCAUACAAUACUAUACAGAAAUAUUGGAGCAUACGAAAGUGCGACUGAAAACCCUAACAGAGAGCUACAAUGAAUUGAAUGAGCUGUAUGUGCAUCACGAUGGUAUUAUAGCCUUCAUCAGCGGCGGCACGUAUAUGACACGCCUAGAAGAGAGUCUUGAUGCACAACUAGAGUCUGCGCGUGAUGUACGCGACAAGUUGGGCAGCACUUUAGAGCAAUGGCGUAUUUGUGGCACCCUAUUGCGCACAAGUGCUACCUCGGCAACAGAAGCUUUAAAGCAAUGGCGGCAAUUGGGCAAAACGAUUGAUCCAAAAAUUAAAAUUCAACUCGCCUUGGAAUGUCGCACGGCACUACAGGCCUCCUUAAUAUCGGUGGAGUGUGCGCAAUUAGCACUACCACAUGUGGAAAUAAAACACGUAAGCAAUCGCCAACUGCUGGCAGUUAAACAUUGUAGUACAUACAUGAUAACGGAUAUAGCAAACAUGUCAAGAUACCAACACACAAGUAAGGUAUUCACCUCCUUUGAGAGUAAUAUGUCCAAAGCAUCAAUGUGGUUAUAUGAGAUGUUCAACAAAACUCUCCGUCAAGAUUUCGACAAUGCUGAGGAGAAAGUACGUAAUUUAGCUAAGACAUUGAGAGAUCAUCGCGAGGAGAUUUUUACCGCUGCACGGAAAUGAUAAUCGGCAUGAGAAUGUAACAAAUCU